UUUGAUUCCUAAGAAACCAAACAAAAAAUUAUAAUAUAAAAAAAACCUUCCGACAAAAGCCAGAAAGAAAGUAUUGAAAGUGGAUUAGUUGGUAUUCUUACAAUUUCUAGUUCUAAUUUUCCGAUAAUGGGAGAUGAAGAGUGGAUUAUGGUGCGGCGAUCCACAGUGUCAGACCUCUGGAAUCCAAGCUCAAUGGGCUGCUCCCACUGCCACUGUUCAACUUCAAGGCCACUGAAAGUCAUUUUCAAGGAACCCGCCAAGUACUGGACCGACGCCCUUCCCAUUGGCAAUGGUCGUCUUGGUGCCAUGGUUUGGGGUGGCGUCGCUUCCGAACUUAUCCAGCUCAACGAGGACACACUUUGGACUGGGGUUCCUGGAAAUUACACAAACCCCAAUGCGCCAAAUGCACUAUCAGAGGUCAGAAAGCUUGUUGAUAGUGGUGAAUAUGCUGAAGCUACUUCAGCAGCAGCCAAGUUGGUUGAUCCUGCAGAUGUUUAUCAACUACUUGGUGAUAUCAAGCUGGAAUUUGAUGAUUCUCAUCUGAAUUAUGCUAAAGAAACGUAUCAAAGAGAGCUGGACUUGGAUACUGCAACUGUUCGAAUAAAAUAUACUGUGGGUGACGUAGAAUUUUCCAGAGAGCAUUUCACCUCUAAUCCCAACCAAGUUAUGGUAACAAAGAUUUCUGGAAGCAAACCUGGGUCUCUAUCCUUUACUGUAUCUCUGGACAGCAAGUUAGAUCACCAUUGCCAGAUAAAUGGCAAAAGUCAGAUUAUAAUGGAAGGCCAUUGCCCUGAAAAAAGAAUCCCACCACAAGUGUAUGCAAAUGACAAUCCAAAGGGUAUUCAGUUUUCUGCUGUUCUUGAUUUACAGAUUAGUAAGGGAAAUGGCAUGAUAUCUAUUCUAGAUGACAACAAGUUGAGGGUUGAAGGUUCAGAUUGGGCAAUUUUGCUUCUGGUGGCAUCAUCUUCAUUCGAUGGGCCAUUCACUAAGCCUUCAGAUUCUAAAAGGGAUCCUACUUCAAAUUCUCUCACUGUGUUGAAAUCAAUCAUAAAUCUCUCAUAUGCUGAUCUUUAUGCACAUCAUAUAGAUGACUAUCAGAAUCUUUUUCACCGCGUCUCACUUCAGCUUUCAAAAAGCUCUACAUGUAAUUUGUGUCUCAAGCAAAAUCAAGAUGAUAGAGUUCCAACGGCAGAGAGAAUUAAAUCUUUUCAAAUGGAUGAAGAUCCGUAUUUGGUGGAGCUUCUGUUCCAAUUUGGUCGAUAUUUGCUUAUUUCUUCUUCACGACCUGGAACUCAAGUGGCAAACUUGCAAGGAAUAUGGAACAAAGAUCUUGAGCCGAAAUGGGAUUCUGCGCCUCAUUUGAACAUCAAUCUUGAAAUGAAUUAUUGGCCUUCCUUGCCUUGCAACCUUAGUGAAUGCCAGGAGCCCUUAUUUGAUUUCCUCACUUCUCUAUCAGUCAAUGGAUGUAAAACUGCAAAAGUCAACUAUGAAGCAAGUGGUUGGGUUGUACAUCAUGUAUCUGACAUAUGGGCAAAAUCAUCACCGGAUGCUGGUAACGUUCAUUGGGCAUUGUGGCCCAUGGGUGGGUCCUGGCUUUGUGUCCAUCUAUGGGAGCACUACACAUAUACCAUGGACAAUGAUUUUCUUAAAGACAAGGCAUAUCCUUUGUUGGAAGGAUGUGGGCUAUUUCUGUUAGAUUGGUUGAUCGAAGGACAAGGAGGUUAUCUUGAAACUAACCCAUCAACCUCUCCUGAACAUGACUUUAUUGCUCCAGAUGGUAACCGUGCUAGUGUGAGCUAUUCAUCAACCAUGGACAUGGCAAUCAUAAAAGAAGUCUUCUCUGUGAUUGUUGCAGCUGCUGAGGUUUUGGAUAAAAAUGAGGAUGAUCUAGUAAAAAGAGUGCGUAAGGCUCAAUCGAGGCUUUAUCCAACCAAAAUUGCUAAAGAUGGUUCCAUCAUGGAAUGGGCACAAGAUUUUCAGGACCCAGACGUGCAUCACCGACAUCUUUCACAUUUGUUUGGCCUGUUUCCUGGACACACAGUAACAAUUGAAAGUACACCAGACCUUUGCAAAGCUGCAGAGAUUACACUUCAUAAACGAGGAGAGAAGGGACCAGGAUGGUCAACCACAUGGAAAGCUGCUUUGUGGGCACGCCUUCAUAACAGUGAGCACUCUUAUCAGAUGGUCAAGCAUUUAAUAAACUUUGUGGACCCGGAACAUGAGAUAGCUUUUGAAGGUGGACUGUACAGUAAUUUAUUUGCAGCGCACCCUCCUUUUCAGAUUGAUGCCAACUUUGGUCUUACAGCAGCAAUUGCAGAAAUGCUAGUUCAAAGUACCUUGGAAGACCUUUACUUGCUUCCUGCACUUCCCCUGGAUAAAUGGGCAAAUGGAUGUGUGAAAGGAUUGAUGGCACGAGGGGGAGUGACUGUCAACAUAUGCUGGAAAGAAGGAAAUCUUCAGGAAGUUGGUCUUUGGUUGAAAAACCAGAAUUCUUUGAAAAGAUUAAGGUAUAGAGAAACUAUGGUACCUGUAAAUCUAACCUGUGAAAGAAUCUACACAUACAAUGGGCAGUUAGAAUGCGUGAGUACUUGCUCCCUCAUUUAAUCAGAAGGAUCGG